CAGUCCUUUCAUUCACAUACACAGAAUUUCAUUCACAUUUUGCAGGUUUUUUUUUAUCUGCUUCUAAUGAAGAGAGCCAUUUGGAAAUGACAGGGUUUUCUGUGUAUUAGAGAACAGUAGAAAUAAUCUAUGAUGUGUAUAUUUGCUGUUGCUAUGCUAGCAGGAUGGAGAGAAAAAUGAAUGCUGUGUGGAUACUGUAGCAGGUUUGCAGUGGGUGAUGAAAGGCUAUUCCGCAGAUCACUAGAAAUCUGUUUUUACACUGAAUAGGACAUUUCCAUUAUUCAUCACUGCUGGGAUAAGAGAGUUAAGCCAAAUAUUCAGCUCUACUGAAGAUCCAUUUUACAGUUUUUGCUUUAGAGUGAAGAUCAGUGGUGAACGAAGGCAUAUUUCGAAAGCCUGCUGCCGUACAUCAGAAUUUUUUUUUCUUCAGACACAGAUUGACGAAUAUGUGAUAUGGAAGAAUGUUUUAACAGAAGAAUAGAGUGGAGUGGUUUUCUUUUAAAGUUAGUCCAGAUAUUUAGAGGUAUUUGUUUUUGGUAACAAAAAGGGGAAAAAUUAAAGAUUGGAAGGAAAUAUCUGUUUGAGAAGACAGGAAAAGGAAAUUUGAGAAUUGAUUGGUGCUAGUGUGCUGUAAGUGGGUGGAUUUUUUUUUUUUUUUUUUGCUACAGGAAGUGAUUUGCAGUGUUCACUGAGCCUUUUGUUGAAAAGGGUCCUUCUCAUUUGUGUGAGUCAUGCUUUUGCUGUGAGCGACUUGGCAGCUCUAAGCAGGACUGGGAUCUCUGUCAUAGAAAACUAUUACUUCACCCAACCUUAACGUGGAACCAUACAUUUAUUUCAAAAUUAUUUUGCACUUCCUUAUACUCUUUAUUCUUUUUAAGCCAAAAUUUACUCUCUAUCCUCAUUAUUAUGAAUCUCCUGCUAUGUUAGCACAGGCAUCUCCUGCACUGGCAUCAGAUUUGCCAGAACAUAUGCAGGAAACCAGAUAGAAGGGCAUGCUUCAGCGUACCAAGUAUAACCGCUUCAGGAAUGAUUCCGUGACAUCAGUUGAUGAUCUUAUUCACAAUUUGUCCAUGAACAGCAAAGUCUCAGCAGUUGCUACGACCUCAACAGCACCUUCAUACCUGGUCUCGCCUGAAGUUCUCCGCAAAGACCAAGAAGAUGGACCCACCACCUUUUGUACCCUCAUCCAUAAGGUGUCCCACUUGAAACUCUCCAACACAGGCAGCCUUUUGGGUAUCAAAAAUCUCUCCUCUGCAGUGAAGGAGCUUGCUGUCUCCAAAUUGCAGGGAAGCUCGAGUGCUUCUAGCUCAGCAGCAGGGGCUUCAGACAACACAUGUAACCUUGUCUCUGCCACUCCGUGUUCUCAGCAGGACAUGAGCAAGAUGAGUACAGGAAAAAAAACACGGUCAGAGGAAAUGCACCUGGGAGGUGAAGACUGGAAUCAAAGUAGCAGCUUUGUCAAUAAACCCUCCCGAGGGUGGCUGCACUCGAAUGAGAAGAUCCUGGGACCUGGUGUGACGUACAUUGUGAAGUACUUGGGAUGUAUAGAGGUCUUACGCUCAAUGAGAUCUCUUGACUUCAACACAAGAACACAGAUUACAAGGGAAGCAAUCAGCCGUGUUUGUGAAGCAGUACCUGGAGCCAAAGCAGCCUUCAAAAAAAGAAAGCCACCAAGCAAAGUUCUCUCUAGCAUCUUGGGAAAGAGCAAUCUUCAGUUUGCAGGAAUGAACAUAACUCUGAAUAUAUCCACCACCAGCUUAAAUCUAAUGACUCCUGAUUCAAAGCAGAUAAUAGCAAAUCAUCAUAUGCAGUCUAUUUCCUUUGCCUCUGGAGGUGAUCCGGAUACAACAGACUAUGUUGCAUAUGUAGCUAAGGACCCUGUUAAUCGCAGAGCGUGCCAUAUACUGGAAUGCUGUGAUGACCUGGCCCAGGAUAUUAUCAGCACCAUAGGGCAAGCUUUUGAACUACGAUUUAAGCAAUAUUUACGGUGUCCCUCUAAUAUACCUGCUCUCCAUGAUAGGAUGCAGAGUUUUGAUGAACCUUGGAUGGAGGAAAAUGGAGAGCCAGCAGAACAUCCCUAUUACAACAGCAUUCCUAAUAAAAUGCCUCCUACUGGUGGCUUUAUUGAUGCUAGAUUCAAAACUAGGAUCCCAAAUGCCGCAGAUACUGCUCAGUCUGCAACAGCAGCAGGAAGAGAACAAACAUACUACCAGAGUCGACACUUUGGAGACAAAUUCAGUGAAGAUUGGCAGCCUGCUCCUGUUAAACAAGGGUCCUUGGACAUUUACAGCGUGCCAGAAGGGAAGCCUCAGGUAACCCCAACGGGAGAGGUGCCAGCUUAUGUGAACACCCAACAUAUAAACAUGGAAGCUCUACUUGCACUUCAGGCAGAUGCUGAAAGUGCAUUCAGUGGAACAAAAGAGUGUACCAAAGACAGCAGUCCAAGAAAAGAUCUGUUUGAUAUGAAACCUUUUGAAGAUGCUCUCAAGAACCAGGCCACUGGGCCUGCGCUGAAUAAGGCUACCUCGGUCGAGUGUACUAGUCCUCCGUUACCCAGAGCAGCUAACUGCGCUAUAAUGGAUGAACUGCAUACAGAGCCUUGGUAUCAAGGAGAGAUGAGUAGGAAAGAAGCAGAACAGCUGUUAAAGAAAUGUGGAGACUUCCUGGUCAGGAAAAGCACCACAAAUCCAGGCUCCUAUGUGCUGACUGGUAUGCACAAUAGACAAGCCAAACAUCUUCUUUUAGUGGAUCCGGAAGGAACUGUUCGUACAAAGGAUCGUGUAUUUGACAGCAUAAGCCAUCUCAUCAACCAUCAUCUUGAGAACAAUUUGCCAAUAGUUUCUGCUGGAAGUGAACUCUGCCUCCAGCAGCCAGCUGAGAGGAAACAGUGACCCAUGGUGACAUGUUCAGCAUUUGUAAGCUAUAACCACUGCAGUGGACACUGCAAACCUGGAAACAUGUACAUUAAAAAAUACACCUAUCUAUCUAUCUAUCUAUCUAUCUAUCUAUCUAUCUAUCUAUCUAUCUAUCUAUCUAUCUAUCUAUCUAUCACCAAUAUGUUUUCUUGAGCUUUAAAAAGCCCCAUCCCAUACAGUACCAUUUGAAAUUUCUUACUGCUAUAUGCAGACAUGAAGUCUGAUUAAAAACACAGACAGAUUUCUUAAAAUAUAAUUUCAAUAAAAUUAUUCUGAUUCUGUAAUGUGAAUAUUGACACUGUAUAUACAUACAUUAUAUAUAAAUACAGUAAUAUAUUUAUAUUUUUCAAGUCAGUCUGUUGAAGGUAUGGAACUAAUGUUCUGUGCCAUGUGUUUUUAACUGAAAAAGAUGCCCAUUGUGAUUGUUCAGAUAAAAAUAGAAUUCAACAGUCUCAUUUCCUUGAGAAUACAAUAUUAGAAGUCUUAUUUGUAGUUUUAUCUAAUAAGCACAAUUAUGGUGAGAACACAGGCGGAUUACAUUGGUUAAAUACCAGUCGAGGGGAUUAAAUAGUAUUCUAACAUAGGAAAUUUAGCUUGAAACAAUUUUUAAAAGCAUUAUUCAGUGUCACUGAGUUCAAAAGCAUUUUCUCUUUCUGAUGUCCAGUUUGAAUUCUUAUAUGAUGCUACUCAAGAUAUUUGUAACUUGCUUUGACAAUGAUUUGGUGUGAUCUCUGUGUACAAGGUGUAUGCAUUUGAUUUUUCUAACCAUAAUAUUAUUGAACUAAUAUUCUGCAGCUUUGAUUUAUUAAAUUCAACACUAAGAUUAUUUACAAAUAGUUCACUUCUUGUGCUAAAGAAUUAAUUGUUUUUGACUGCCAGUCACCAAUGAGAUGUCAUACAUUGACUAAAAGGGUUCAAACUGGUUGCUUUUUUUAAUAUAUUUGGUGCAAGAUGCUUUGGUCAAAGACAUGGCUGAAAAAAAAUUUUUCUCAUAGAACAAUGACAAAAAUGAAUACCUAGAAUGUUAGUCCAUUUAAAUGAUCUAACUUGGAUUCACUUAGUUUUUGUGUGUCUCUCCCUAAGGUACAGCUUCAAGUUAACCUUUAGCAAGUGAUUGUUUUUAUAGAUGUAUUGGUUGUCUCUAAUGAGCAGUGUGGAAAAAACUGAUAUACAUUAAGUUGCUUUUUAGCAGGUAUUUCAUUAACAUUUGGUAUUGGGGCGUGUACAUUGAAAAGUGCAUUCUGUCCAACACACACACACUUCAUUAAUUUGCCUUUCUUUUGGAAUGGACUUUGUCUUUCAGUUAUACAUAUCUAACUGAGGGCCAAAUUCAGCUCUCUGUUAAUGGAUGCAACUCCCAUAGACUUCAGUGAAGGUUGCACUGCUGUAACUGAGAGCAAAAUUUAAACUUCAGUAUUUCUAAGUCAGAAAUUCAAACCAAGUUUCAGGAUUUGAUUAAUAAAGGCCCUGAUUAAGGAAGGUACUUACACGUAUGUCUACCCUCAAGUAUAUUAGUUCAGUUGAAGUCAAUAGGACCUGUCAUGUCCUUAAAGUUAGACAUGUGCCUAAGUAUUUUGCUGAAAUGGGGCCAAGUUGACUUCAGGAUUUGCUUUAGAAUCCAUUCCUAGGAUGGCAGUUUUAAAACUCCCAAAUAAUGUCCUCCUUGUGCCAUGGACUACGCAAAGGACAUUACUUUGCAAGUUUGUUUAGGAUUAAUCUCUAAUUUCGAAAAGGAAUCCCACAGCUGGUUUAGAGCUCACUACCUGAAAAGAGCUAUCAGAGGAAGAACUGACUUUCAAAGAUUUUUGAGAAUUUAAAAUUACAUUUUCACCUCUAAUCUCCCCAUCUCAGCAUGUUUCACUUCCCAAUGCAUUCCCACAACUAGCCCCUAUUUCCCUGUCUACCAGAGGUGAAAGUAAGCCUGUACGGUCCAGUAUGACAUACUGGCAAGAGCCAGUACGCCGUGCCGGACUGGACCGGCUUCACCAGGCUGGCGCUUUAAAGGGCCCAGGGCUCCCCGCAGUGGCUGGAGCCCCGGGCCCUUUAGAGCACCGCCCAAACCCUGCUGCUGGAGCCCCAGGGUAGCAGCAGCAGGGCUCCAGUGGUGAUUUAAAGGGCCCGGAGCUCUGCUGCGGUAGUGGUGGCCGGAGCCCGGGGCCCUUUAAAUCGCCCCUGAGCCCUGGGGCUCCCAGCUGCUUCUGCAGCUGGGAGCUCCGGGGGUGAUUUAAAGGCCUGGGGGCUUCCAGCCGCAGCUGGAGCCCUGGGGCCUUUAAAUCUUGAUUUAAAGGGCCCGGGUAUUUAAAGGCCCUGCCUCUUCCGGUUGAGGCCAUGCCUCUUCCAGUUGAGGCCAUGCCCCCCUGCUCAGGAAUCCGGAGUACCGGUAAGUCCUUUUAGUUACUUUCACCCAUGCUGUCUACCUGAAACUUCCCAGCCUAUGUUGAUCCCUUCCUGGAACUCUUUCAGCCAUUCAAGACGCACCCUAGCUGGUGUCUCACACUAAGUUACUCAUCUGGCUUCUCUCUUGGAUCCCCACUAAUCACUUCCUGACACAUCUUUACAUCUAGGCUGCAGAGGCUGAUUAUCACAAGCACUUCCCCGUGCAGCUGUUGUUGCAGCUUCUCUGCAUCAGACCACACCCAAAUUUUCUUUCCUCACCCCUUCCUUAUCUGUGGGAGGAAUCAGUUCUUCUUUAUGCCUCGUAGUAGGCAGGGAAUUAUGGCAGCAUCUUUUCCUUCUCCUCCUUGCUGUGAUGAUAUAGCUGUUUGCUUCAGUUCCCAUCUCCUCUGCACAGAACAGUAGGUUUGGGUGAGAGCAGAGAGCACAGGAAAGGAGUCAGAUGCAUCAGAACACUCCCCACUGGCAUGGAUGGAGAUCUUCAGCUUAGGUCUGCCCUAUUCCAUGCAGGAACACGGAAUGCUGAAAUAUGGAGGUACUUAAGUAGCACCCUAUCUGGUAGCCGUGACCAUGAUUUUAGGAAAGAAAAGUCUUGUUUUGCUUUUUCUGUGAUUAUACUGUGCAAAGUGACUCUGUAAAAUUUGCAUCUUGUGGUUAGGGCUAAAUUAAGGCAAUCCAAGGCCCCACGCACACACCCUCCAAUGGGUUCCCUCUUUGGGGUAGCAGCAAGUGUCAGAGUGAAGACGUAUGGAACAAGCACAUCUCUGAGAGUUAUUGUUUCAGGCUCUGUAUAGACUCAGACAGGCACUGGUUACCUUUGGGUCACAAUUUCAAGCUUUUCUUAGCGUUCAUGAGGGCUAUUUUUAAAAUCAAAUGAAAGCUGAGAUUCUGACUUCCUUGUGUCACUCUAAGAGGUGGGACAUGACCCUGAUAGUACCUAUGCUUUAAUCUGGCACAGCCUGUGGUUCUAUUUUUAUCAUCUUUCAAUAAUUCCAUAUCACAUUUAUGAGUUCAUUUGUAAAACAAUGUUGUCUCUAAUUUGUGGCCCUGAAAUCUCUAACUGAGAUUGAAAGUCAAACUGGAUUCUUUCUGGUCUGCGCAUCACCGUGCAUAGGAAAGAUUCAACAGUGAGAAUGGUUGAAACUUUCUCGAUGAAAAUUCUCCUGUCAGAAAAUGUGGUUUUGUCUAAAUUUCUGCAGAAAAAUGUAGAUUUAGACAGUUUUUUUGAAUUUAUGAUUGGAGGAAUCAAAGGGAAAAAAAUUCACUUUGAGUUGACGUGUCAGAAUGAAAUGUUGGUUUGAAACUAAAAAUGCCAUUUCAAAUGUUGAUUUGUUUCAUUUAUAUUAAAGUGUCGAAAUUCUCUGUUUCAACAUUUCCAAUUCAAAUCUUUUCAAAAAUUUUUGUUCCAUGACACUUUUUGCUAUUUUGACUUUCCGUUUGAUGCAGAAUGGAAACUUAUUGUGAAAUGUCAAAAUUUCCUGAGGGAUUUAGUUAGAAUUUAGCUAGCAAUUCUGUUUGGCUUAUUCUGCUAUAACAGAGUGUAACUAACUAUCAAAACUAAAGUUGUUUGUACACAAUUUGAAAGGAAAAACAUGGACCCCAAUCCUGCAAACUUUUAGGGCAGGUCUACAAUACCACUUAAGUCAGCGGUUCCCAAACUGCAGGUCGGGACCCCAAAGUGGGUUGUCAUUCCCUUUGAAUGGGAUCGCCGGGCUGGCUUAGACUUGCUGAAGCCCAAGCCCCACUGCCCAGGGCUAAAGCCAAAGCCCUAGGACUUCAGUCCUGGGCAGCAGAGUUCAGGUUGCAGCCCCCCCCCCCCUCCACCAGGGCGGUGGGGCUUGUUUGGGCUCAGGCUUUGGUCCUGGGGUCGUGAGUAAUUUCUGUUGUCAGAAGGGUGCAAUGAAGAUUGAGAACCCCUGGCUUAAGUUGAUCUAAUUUACAUCGCUCAGGGGUGUGAAAAAGCCCUCUCACCCCCAAGCGAUGCAAGUUUUGCACUGUCCACACCAGCACUAUGUCAGUGGGAGAUGCUCUCCUGCCGACAUAGCUUCUUGCCGAGGUGCAGUAAUUAUGCUGACAGGAGAGCGCUCUACUGUCAGCAUAGUGCAUCUUCACCAGACACACUACAGCAUCAGUGCAGCCGCACUGAUGUAGCACUGUAGUGUAGACUUGCCCUUAGUUAUGUCAGUAGCACACAGGAGAUAAUGCAUGGAGACUACUUGCAUAAACGAACACUAAUCAUCUGAGUAAAUGUUUGAAGUUCAGAUUUCUAGUUUAUUUAGCUUUUUUAAAAACAGUCUUUUCCCUCAAAACAACUGAAUAGCAAUCCAUUUUUACAUGUUUGUUUAUUAUUACUACAGCUGGGACACUAAAAGAUUUUUACACAUUUAUUUCACUUUAUUUAAAAUGCACCGGUGUCUCAACAUUUCCUUCUUUAGGUCUUAAGGACUUUGCAUGAAACCGCAACACUUUGCACUUGGUACUUUGCACAAGUGUAAGAUGAUUGCAAAAGUUGUAAGGCUAAGGAGAAUCAGGCCCCACCUACUUCCAGCCAUCUCACAGGAGACUUUUAGCGUGCUACAACACAGGGAGAAGAGUGGCUUCUGUGGUACUUAAAAGCAUACAUGAUUGCAGAGCUAGGCACCUGCUUAGGUGAUUUUGAAAAUCCCAUUAGGUGUCUAUCUGCAUCCUUAGCUACCUAAAUACCUUUGGAAAUUUGGCCCACAGAAUAAAGUGACAGGAGAUGGUGCAUGAAUGAAAGCAUUUUAAACGUAUUAAAAUAAACUUGUAAAAGAAUCUUUUGCAUUGUCCCAGUUGUAGUCUUCAUAAACUGGCAAUCAAUCAGCUGUAUGUAACAGACCCUUUUCCUAACUUACCGUUUUUUAGAUCAAAUGGGUACAGUGAAAACAUGAGAGAUUUGCAGGAAUAUUGUAACCAUGUAAUUGUAAUUGCACACGAACACAACCUUUACUUUAUUUUCUGAAAUUGUAAAUAGGCCCUCUGAAAGCUUUAACACAUGCUUUGAAAAUCAGCCUUCAGAUAGGUGGCAAGGAGACACAGAAUGAUGGGGUGCUUUUACUGAAUUCUCAAGAAUAUGUUUCAUGGGCUACAUCUUCCACUAUAAUUAAGCUACUUUGAGCAGCUUUAGUGGCAUGAAGAAGCUGGAAACUUGGCAAAUCUGCCCAGCUCACAAUUUCCCUUGGUGAGGUAGUACUGGGGUAGGGAGAAUUACUAGAGAAAAGGGGGGGCCUGAGCUAUGGUGAUUCCCAGCUGCUGGAAUGGAUCCUUGUGUGAUCCAUCACCUGCUCUUGUUGCUGCUCAUUGGAUUUGGUCCUGUAUGUGAAAAUAACAGAAUAAGGAUAUAAAUAGAUGAAUGCAGGGCCCAGUCCUGCUCUCAUUAAAAUCAGCGAGCAGUUUGCUCAUGACUUCUGUGGAGGGAGGCACGAUUAAACCUUUCAUGAUGGGGAGAGUUCAAUCCUGUGAAGUGUUUCCAGCCCCAAACAUUCAAAAAUUAUGAGUCAGGCCCAAAAAAUCAGGAUAUGGGCUUAAAAUUAUGAGAUUUUUAAAAAAUCAUAAUUGUGGGUUUUUAUUUUCUUUCUGGUGUCUCAGGCUUUAGGUUUCAUGUUUUCAAGCUCCCCCUCCCCUCUAAAAAGUCUACUUUUUAGAAUGAAAGAUGAGAUUAGCACAUCAUCCCAUGAUUCAAGGAGCUGGGAUUUUACAAAAACAAAAACAAACAAAAGAGAGCCAAAUUUGUGAGACACAUGAUAAAACCAUGAGUAUUGCAACACUGGAGUGUCCUCAGUUUCUUCCUAAGGGGUAGUUGAGGAUGUUCAGAACUAUGUAGGAAGCUACGGGUACCUUGCAGUAACAGGCCUAUUGUCUAGACGCAUUCCAAAUUAUGUGUGAGGACAGCUAGAAUCUGCCCAUCAGUUUGGUUUUCAUUUAUGUUACAAUUGUGCGAACCAUGUGCAAUAGACAUGCCUUAGGGCCACGUUACUAACUCUUAAGUAAACCAAACGUUUCACAUUAAUUUUACUGUAGGUGUGCAAGAGUCGUUAUUUGGUUGAAAUCAAUGCAAAAUUUUCAGUGAAGUUGCCCUUAUUAGUUCUGGCAGCUGAAUUUCAGCCUUGUUUCCGAAGUUUCAAUCAGACAUUUUGGUUGCUGCAGAAAUUUCAAUCAUGUAGAUGGCACAAAGAAAAAAAUACCAUUAGCUCCUGACUUCAAUGGGUGUUCUGCCCAAAAAAGUACUCCUGUGCUCAUCUUCAAUAAUGCAAGCAUGGGAGAGCUAGGCUGGCCAUAUCUGGGUGGAGAGCACAGAGGGAGACCCAGCUUCCACGGCAUUCUGUCUCCUUGCCUGGGGAAGACCCUCAGCAGAGCUGAAACUUUGUAGGUCAGGUGAUGGUGUGUGGCACAGGAGAGGGCGGAGACCAUCAGAAUUCCACAGCAUGCUGUCCUGCAGACCACACAGAUACCACCAAUGGGAGUUAAUGCUGUCCCAAGCAGCACUAACUUCUACGGCAUCUGUCCUAGGGUUUGUGUUAAGGAGCUGCAUGGGAAACAGCCAAUGGUGCCAUUUUUCCUGGGAUGGCUGAGCCAAAGCCCAUUGAAAUCAAUGGAAUCAGCCUGUAGGUUUGUAGGCCCAUGACUUUUGCCUCUUCUACAGCCCCCAGACCUUUCCUCUCUGAGGAGAGUAUUAGAAGGAAACUCCAUAAGUGUCCUAUCAGGGGGUUGCGUGGCCCUCUCAUAUAGGUUUUCUAUGGGAGAUUGCAAUUUAGGACUGAACAAGGGCUACAAGGUAUGAAUAGAAAAUAAAGCAGUGCACGAAGAAGAUGUAGGUAUGUACUAGAAAUCUGGCAGGUAUCACCUGCCAGUUUUAUAUGUUCUGUGUCUGGGGUUUAUUAUUUAUUCCCCUCAUGGAAUGGUAGUCUCCUAUUUCUUAGCAUGAUAGUCUCCAGGUUCCCUGCUAUGCAGUUAGGAGAGGAGAAUUAAUAAAUAUUUAUACCCUUGUACAAUUAUUGCUGGCAGACAAAAUGCCAGAUGCUAGCUUCAAUUUAUUCGUAAUGGAAUUUAUACAUAUUUAUAUAUUUGUAAGUAAUAAAUGCCCCAUUUUAAAGCUGGCACAUUUUUGCAGCGUCCAGGCAAUUUGCAGCUUUAUAUCAGGACUUUGCAACUUGUGACUGUUUAAUAACAUUUAGUUACAAAUCCAUGUUCCAAACUUUUGUCCAGGGCAUCAAGGCAGAGACCCUCAAAGGUAUUUAGCUGUCCAACUAGUUACACACUUAAAUACCUUUAAGGAUCUGGACUCCACUGUCUACUUGAUGCAGCGAAUAGAACCAAAUAUGUACAGUAAGUGUAAAUAUAUAUAAACAAUGCUGUACACUAAGGUGGAAUUUUCAAACAUGUGCAGCCUUCACCCAACUCUGCUGUCACUAAAGUCAAACUCCCAUUGAUUUUACUGGGAGCAGAGUUAGGCCAAUGCUCAAUGCUUUUGAAAAUCCCACACCAGGAAUACGAAAUAAAAGAGCUCACCUCAAACACUUACCAACAAUAUUGAGUUUUUACUUCACAUAUUUUUCCAGUUAGAGUUUUGUGAAGGUUACUUACCUUGCUGCUGAUCAAAGUAGGGGGAACUGUUCACUAAAUCAUAUAUUUGACUCUCACACUUGUGAUACCUCAAAAUUAAGAAAUACAAUGGCUAAAUUUGAAAUGUGUUCAUGCCUAACAUGAAGAUCUAUUCUACAACUUUCUCCCCCAGUUCCUCCUCUAUCUUCAGUGAGGUUAUAAAAAAAAACAACACCCAGGAAAAAUUUCAUUAUAAACCAAUGAAAAUGCAUUAUAAACUAACAAAAAAUAAUGAAUAUAGUUGGUAUGGGAAAUAGAUUUUUUUCCCGUGUGACUAGAUUUGUGUAGUAAUGUCUUCUGUUCCAAGUGAAGUUCUCUAGUCCAAACAUAACUUAAAGCCUGGCACAAGCUGAGUUUUUUUGGAAGAUGAAUAUGUUCCUUUCAGUCAUGAAUUUUUUUAAAAAAAACUUACUGCAGUAAUUUUUUUUUUUCAAAAGUACAUUCAAAAUUUAUUACUUUUUAGAAACAUUUUUGAUUGAGAAUUGUACAAACUGGUCUCUCUGUAAAGAUGAGUGGUGUGUGGAAAUACUGUGGUUGUUUAUUGUCCCUGGAACUUUUGUGAGUUCAAAAUGAAAUCUAUUAUGAAAUGUUCUACUAUGUCCCAAGAUUUUUGCUAGUCCACUGCUAGUGUCCACUUUGUUUUUAGAGCUGAAUCGACUCUUAGGAAAUCCUUCAGCCACGGAAUUUAGUCACUUAGCCCAUUUUUGAUUUUCCAGCUUGUGCAGGAAGUAAUGAACUCACCACUACUUUUAUCAGAUCUAAGGACUUGUCUACAUGGCACAACAAAGCACCCUAGAGAGGAACAGCAAAUAGUGGAGUGCUGUAACAUGUGGCGCUCUAACUGCCCCAUGUAGACUCUUCUGGCAUGAACUAAAAGGUAGCUGAUUAACUAGGUGCCUUUCAGUUUGUGCCAGCACAACCUAUAUGGGGUAGUAAGAGCACAGACGAUUAGACCACUCUACAAAUCACACCCCUCUGGAGAACUUGGCCACGGCAUACAGACAAACUCUAAAUGUAGGCAGUGGGCCUGAUUCUUAUCCCCCUUCCACUCACUAGUUUAACUCAUUUUUUACUUCAUUGAAGUCAUUCCUGAUUUAGAGCAGAAACAGUGAGAUCAGAAUCAGGCCCAGUGUGAACCAUGGCCAAAUUCUACAGGACUUACUUCACUGAGGAAGUGAGUGAUGUCAAUGAACUGCUCAUGUCAGCAGAGUAGGUGGAGUUUGACCCCAAUUAUUUUAGAUUACAACAUGCUAGGGAAAUAAAAUGACAGUUAGGGCCAAAUAAUGUGUUAUGAGUUGGCCGCAGUUACACUGGAGUAGUUUCAUUUGCUCCAACAGAGUUAUUGUUGAUCUACAAGAAUCCAUGUGAGAACUGAAACAAACCCCAUUAAUAAGAUUUUGCCAGUUACCAUUUUCAUAACACAGAUAAUUGCUGCUAUAUGUCCUGAUUCUGGGCCAGAUAAUAUCCUGGUCUGUGUGCCGAGAUUUUCCUCUCUCGUCUGCAAAAGGAUGGAGUUGGUGGGUUAGCCAACUCUACAGUAACAUCCUGUUCCGUCCUUGGACAUGAUGGACAGCACUCUGAGGGUUGGCAUUCAUGGAGGAGGAAGGGCACUGAUUGGGUGUGCUUGUGGGGUGGGGAGUGGGCAGCCCCAUGUUGGAUCAGUGGGAGGCUGGGCUGAUGCACAUCAACCCAGCCUCCCUCUUAUCCCACAGAUUACUUGAGAAAGGCAGUACCUUGUAUUAGCUUCCUUGUAGAAUUUCCCUCUUUAAGGGGAGGUCAGAAGUAGCUGUGGCCAGGGAUGCUCCUUGCUGCCAUAGCCCCUAGGGAGUGUGGAUGGGGAACUGGAGCUUUACAAACAGUGGAGGCAGCACUAAUGUAGAUGCUAGGGGAAUCCUUAGGUUUGUGGGCAGGCCCCACAGCUCAGCUCAUUCUGUGACUGGGCAAACGGUACUGGCAAAACUCAGAGAAAACUCUCCUUUGAGUUCUCUUCCAAUUUAACCUGCUUCCAUGGGGUUUACCACUGGAAAGGACUGUCCAGGCUCCUGAGAGAGGCUGAACCUACAGCUCCAGCUGAAGUCAAUGGAUGAAAUUGUGCUCUGAUUACAUCAGUGUAAAUCCCAUGUAGUCCAUUAAAUUAAGUGAUGCUACACCAGGUUUGCACUGGUGGAAUUCAGCUCAAAGAAUAUGGUCCAGUGAGAGUUGAUCAACCCCUCUCAGGAUUUCAUAGCUUUGUGGAUUUUAUGAUAGCAGAUGGAGUUGCGUGAACAUUAUUUGUUUUAAUUUUUAUUGUUAUGGCAGGUGAAAAUAAUGAACUUUUAGGCAAUGCUUCACUUCUAAUUACAAUUGGUUACUGGGAAAUGUGCCUUUAUUAUGAAAUAGCAUAAUUCUGCUUGUGUAGCAAACCCUUAGAGCAUUUAACUUAAUUACUAAGGAUCUGAGCUUGUUCCCACUGAAAUCAGAGGCCAAACUCCCUUUGACUGCAACAGAGUCAGAGCCUGUCAUAUUUGGUUGACAUUGUAUUUGUGUAGACACAGUGCUUUCAGACAUGACUUUUAUAAUUUAACUAAGUUUUCUACACAAACACACACGCUUGUUCCAUUUCUUUGAAAGGUGACUGCUACAUCAUAACUUUGGUUCAAAGGUUUGAGAUUUAAAAAAAAGUUUUCUAAAAAGUUUAAUGUAUUUAAUGAUUUUAAAAUACUGUAACGCUGUAAGACUGUUGGCAAUAAAAACUCUUGUGAAAGCUCUUUUCCUUAGGUGGUUUCUUUUGUAGUCUGGAACAAAAAUAAAGGCUCUGAAAUAAUGA